UUUUUCGGAUCAGGUAGAAAAAACCCAGAGGAAUACUCCUCCCCAGGGCGGGCAGGCAGCGGGUUGGUGAUGAUGCGGGCGCAGUAGCAAUCAGCCAACACAGGCCAGGCCAAACCAAGGGAGGGAGCGAGCGAGCGAGCCAUAGGUUGGUCCCUGGACGGCAUGACCACGACUCCGGAUCUGCUCCGCCGCUACCGCUAGCCUGCUGCUACCUCGCCGCCCCGGCCGGCGCCCUCGCCGCCGGCCGAAUCCCCCACCGUCCUCCAGCGCGUCGCCCCCUCCAUGGCGUGAUCCGAUGAUAGCAACGAGAGCGCGCCAUCCCCUCCUCUCCCUGACGACGGCGUCGGCGCGCGGCGGGCGCACCAAGCGGCGGAGGAGGAAAGGGAGCGGCGGUCGCCAUGUCCCCCAACCUGGAGGGCACGCUCAAGAGCCAGGUGCCGGCGCUGCUCCUCAGGCGCCUCUUCGGCGCCGGGGCGCGCCGGGAUGAGGCGGCGGCCAGGCAGCAGCACCACCAGGCGCCGCGGCCGUCGCCCUCGCCGCCGCCGCCGGCCGGGCGGCGCCGGGUGUUCGUGCAGACGGAGUCCGGGUGCGUGCUCGGCAUGGACCUGGACCGCGGCGACAACGCGCACACCGUCAAGCGCCGGCUGCAGCUGGCCCUCAACGUGCCCACCGGCGGCACCUCGCUCACCUUCGGCGACCGCAUCCUGGACAACGACCUCUCCUCCGUCCGCCACGACUCGCCGCUGCUGCUCACCCGGAACAGCAUCCACCGCAGCUGCUCCACCCCGUGCCUCUGCCCCGUCUCCGAGGACUUCGAGCACAAGGACUGCAGCGGCCUGGUUGAGAUACUCGGGUCAUCGAGCGGCAGCGUGAGGCGCCUCGUCGACGACGUGGCCACCGGCAUAAGGAGCGGGCUGGAUCCGGUCCCCAUUGACAGUGGCCUUGGCGGCUCCUACUACUUCAGGAACGAUGAGGGCGACAGAGUCGCCAUUGUCAAGCCCACGGAUGAGGAGCCGUUUGCCCCCAACAACCCGAAAGGGUUCACCGGGAGAUCGCUUGGCCAGCCAGGACUGAAGAAGUCCGUCCGGGUAGGGGAGACAGGAUUCAGGGAGGUUGCGGCGUACCUGUUGGACCAUGAGAAUUUCGCAAAUGUUCCUGCAACGGCUCUGGUGAAGAUAACACAUUCAGUUUUCAAUAUCAAUCGUCCAAUGAACGGCGGCACUCCGGCUCAUGACCAUAAGCCGCAAGUCACCAGUAAGAUUGCUUCAUUUCAGCAGUUCAUCGCUCAUGACUUUGACGCCAGUGACCACGGCACUUCGAGCUUCCCGGUUGCUGCUGUUCACAGGAUCGGCAUAUUAGACAUCAGGAUUUUCAACACUGACAGGCAUGGUGGUAAUGUCCUGGUGAGGAAGCUGGAUGGAGGCACCGGCAGGUUUGGUUGCCAGACAGAGCUGUUCCCAAUUGAUCAUGGGUUGUGCUUGCCGGAGAACUUGGAGGACCCUUACUUUGAGUGGAUACACUGGGCACAGGCGUCAAUUCCGUUCUCCGAGGAAGAGCUCGAGUACAUUAGGAAUCUUGAUCCAAUGAGGGAUGCUGCAAUGCUGCGGGGAGAACUGCCGAUGAUACGUGAGGCUUGCCUCCGGGUACUUAUUCUAUGCACAAUUUUCCUCAAGGAGGCUGCUGCUUUCGGGCUUUGCUUGGCAGAGAUAGGUGAGAUGAUGACCAGAGAAUUCAGAGGAAUGGAGGAGGAACCCAGCAAACUGGAGAUUGUGUGCAUGGAAGCUAGGAGGAAAGUGGACGAAUGGGAACCGUUCUCCCCUAGUGUUGAACAAGGAGAGGACAUGGAUUUCCAGUUCUCGAUGGAUGUGUUAGGAGGGUACAGUGAUGUGAUUCGAUCUCCAAGAUUCAAUUGCUCGGGCUUGAAGGGCAGCUUCAGAAAUCCUCUGACUAAGCUCGUGGAGAGCAUGAACGAGGACAGUGAUGAUGAAGAAAAUCGAAAGGAGCCUUCCAUGCAUUCAUCUGACCGGUUCUCAUCUGCUGAGUUCAGUACGCCUAGUCUUCAGAGAACUACCAGUUCAAAAACUAGUUCAAAUGGCAGUGUGCACGCCCCGAACAGGAGCGCAGACGAACAGCUCCCAUCGAGCUUGUGCUUUGUCAGGUUGUCGGACAUGAAUGCAGAGGAGUGGCAUGUCUUCGUCGAGAAGUUCCAGGAGCUGCUGAAAGAAGCGCUGGAGGAAUGCAAGGCGGCUGCAGGGCAGCGGAUGAAGCAACGGCUGGGCACUUCCUGCAAAUUUUGACUAGGACCAUAGAGCAACACGGAAGAAACAUUGUACUGUUGCCUGUGUUGCUUUUGGAGCUAGUGCAGCAAAGAUAUGAUCAUAUCUACUACUUCGGCCGAUGUUGCAGUAUAACUGCCUCAAGCUAUGUUCGUCAGGUAGACGAGAUCGAAGGCUGGUGAUGGGUUUGGAGGACUGCUAUACACGUUUUACUAGUUAUGUUAAUUAAAACCGAGUUUUGCAUAAUAAAUGCUUGCCAGCUUGUGUAUAUUGUGUUAGAUGCUACACACCAAGAGUGCUAUUCGUUGGCUGUCGCUGAACAUUCUUUGUGUUGUGCUGUGAGCAGUGUAAAUAUGAACCUCUGAUGUAAAAUGCUUACCUGGUGUUGAACAUCUUGGAUGAAA